UACACUGGCGAGACGAAGCAGCGAAUAGGCUACAGCCGACUGGGGCGCUCACGCAGCAAUGGCAUGGCUGGCUUCUGUUUAUCUAACGCAGUCUCCGAAUAUCAUGGAGAAACAACCACGGCGAAAGGGCUUUUGAAAACACGUUUAGUAGCCUAUAUUUUACGCAUUUUUAUUUCGAUAUUUAAUGAUGCGUUGUUUUUACUUCCAUUGAGAUUGUUGCAGCCAGAGGCAUGCAUGCAGCUGAUUCUACGAUGGGAAGCAUUGUUGUUUGAAGUGGAGUGGAAGCCUUGUCAUCUGAAUACCUCUAUUGUUAGAAAAUUGCAGCAAAAGUGUGAAUAGAACAUUCUCCGCUUUGGGCGUACGUUGCAACAACGUCGCUUACGAGUCUACAGUGAUCAUUAAUCGCUUUCGACUGGAAUUGCAUCUGUUGUUCUCCUCGUCACGCUGUGUGUGAGAACCAGCUCUCGGGAUCCGAGCAUCCUUCCGUCCGAGAGCACCCAAGCCUCUUUUGCACCCUGCAACCACAUCGCAAUAUAGGGAGGAAACUGCAGAGAACUCGCUUGGGCUAGAACGCACUCCACACAGACGAUGUUUUGGAUGUAAAGCUAAAUAAAUAAAUAACGUGAAGAUGGGGAAAGACCAGGAAUUGCUUCAAGCAGUGAAGACGGAGGACCUGCUUACGGUGCAGAAGCUCCUGCAGAGGCCCAAGCCCGGGAAAGCAAAGUUGCUGGGCACUGCUAAGAGGGUGAACGUCAAUUUCCAGGACACAGAUGGGUUCUCUCCACUGCACCAUGCGGCUCUCAACGGGAACAUGGAGCUCAUCUCCAUCCUGCUGGACUCCCAGGCCAUGGUGGACAUCAGGGACCAGAAGGGCAUGCGGCCGCUGCACUAUGCUGCUUGGCAGGGGAAGUCGGAGCCCAUGAAGAUGCUGCUGAAGUCCGGAUCCUCCGUCAACGGCCAGUCAGACGAGGGCCAGAUCCCCCUGCACCUGGCCGCCCAGCACGGCCACUACGACGUGUCGGAGAUGCUGUUGCAGCACCAGUCCAACCCCUGUAUAGUGGACAACGCUGGGAAGACACCGCUGGACCUGGCCUGUGAGUUUGGCAGAGUCGGGGUGGUCCAGCUGCUGCUCAGCAGUAACAUGUGCGCCGCCCUGCUGGAGGCCAAGAAAGGGGACACGACCGACCCCAACGGCACCAGCCCCCUGCACCUCGCCGCCAAGAACGGACACAUCGACAUCAUCAGACUGCUGAUCCAGGCUGGCAUCGACAUAAACAGGCAGACCAAAGCGGGCACGGCCCUCCACGAGGCUGCCCUUUGUGGGAAAACCGACGUGGUGCGACUCCUCCUUGAUAGUGGCAUCAAUGCGUCUGUGAGGAACACGUACAGCCAGACGGCACUGGACAUCGUGUACCAGUUCACAGCCACGCAGGCCAGCCGCGAGAUCAAACAGAUGCUCCGAGGUGAGAUGCUGGAGCCAGGGGGAGAUGGGGUGGAAGAUGCCUCAGCAGCACUGCAGGUCAGAGCUCUGCAGGACUACUGUAACAAUUACGACCUGACCAGCCUCAACAUCAAAGCCGGAGACGUCAUUACCGUGCUGGAACAACACGUGGAUGGCCGGUGGAAGGGCUGUAUCCAUGACAACCGAACAGGAAAUGACAGAGUGGGCUAUUUCCCCUCUACCCUGGUGGAGGUGAUCAGCAAGAGAACAGGUUCAUGGAGCACAGUCAUUAAUACCCAACAGUAUCAAAAGAUACAGCUGAGCGCGCCAGCCAGCGCCCCGGCAGCCGUGGUCAACGGCGAGUCGUGCCAUCAGUAUCAUAUCCUGCCGCCUCCUCCACCUCCGCCCAACCAUCAUCAAUCCCAUCAGCCCCUUUUCACUUCCUUUGGCUAUAACAGGUCUGAGAGCACCUCAGGAGAUCUGCCCUGUGGACAAGGUUCUCGCGGCUCGGAGUCCAGCCCUCACGGCUCGCCCACUCCCAGCGGCGGCCAGCAGGGCGGCAGCAGUGAGGAGAUCUGGGUGCUGCGCAAACCGGUGGCAGGUGGCGACCGCAGUAGUGUGGGUAGCUCGGGCAGCGUGGCUAGUGCCCGUUCCUCUGGCAGUGGGCAAAGUGCGAGCAGCGCCAACGUCAUCCACGCCCAGGCAGAGGGGGUCAAGCUUCUGGCAACGGUCCUGUCCCAGUCCGCAAAGGCCAAGGAGCACCUGAUGGAUCAGUCCAAGUCUCUGGAUCAGCCGUCAGGUGGCACCUUAAAGGGCACCUCCUCGCGCAGUCAGAGUGUGUCGAGCUGUCCCCUCCACGAGCAGCCAUACGGGGAGGCGGGCCCUCCGAGGAAAGGGGAGGGGCCAGCGGAGCCGAAGGCCAUCAGAAGAAGCUGAUGCUGGCCGUGAAGAAACUGGCCGAGUUGCAGAAGGCCACGGAGGGCCGCGGCUCCCCGCGCAAGAAGCACCCUCCCGCGCAGGAAGUGAUGUCGAUCGAGAGCCCGCCCUACGAAGGCGGGGAGUGCAUGUCGCCCAAGAUGAGCACCUUCCAGGACAGCGAGCUGAGCGGGGAGCUGCAGGCGGCCCUCAGCCGACCCCCCGCCGACCGCGAGCCCAAGCCGCUGCCGCCCGACGCCCGGCCCAACAGCGGCCCAACGACCCAGCGCGCCCGCAGCGUCCAGGAGAACAGCCUGGGCAAGAGCCGGGACGGCGAGGAGCCCUCGCACCCGCACCCGCACCCGCACCCGGGGCCGCCCAGGAAAGAGGCGCGCACCAUGCGGCAGAGCAGCCAGCCGGCCGGACAGAGGGGGAGCGUGUCGUCGUCGUCGUCGUCGUCGUCCUCCGCGCAGGCCAAGCAGCCGCGCUCGUACCCGCAGGGCGCCGGGCCCCCUUACACCCCGCCGCAGACGCCCACCAAGACCAAGGGCUCGGCCCAGCAGGCCGCCGGCUCGCCGGCCAAGUCCAAGCCCGGUCCGCACCUCCUCUCGCAGGGCGACCGGCCCAUGUCGCCGCGCUCGCACCCCCAGUCGCCCACCACGCACAGGGGCAGCGGUCACCCUCCGCCCGCGGCGCAUUCGGGGCCUCCGCCGCCCCACCCGGGGGCCGUUCCCCCCGCGCUGGCCGUCACCACGGCGCCCGAGCCCCCGGAGGUCCUCCAGCCGACCCCUCAGCAGUCGGCGCCGAACGUGUCCGUGCCGCUCCUCUGCCUGCCGCCGGAUGGCGACGGCGAGCCCGACGAGCAGGACGAGCAGGGCCUGCCCAAGAAGCGCGCGCACAGCCUCAACCGCUACGCCGCGUCCGACAGCGAGCAGGAGCGGGACGAGCUGGGCGUGCCGGUCGGCGGGGGCAACGGCGGCGGCGGCGGAGGGGGGGGGAAGUACGCCACGGUGCAGAACCGCGUGGGCCGCAGCAACUCCAUGCGCGGGCAGGCCGACAAGAACGUCAACCGCAGCCAGUCGUUCGCCCUGCGGCCCAAGAAGAAGGGCCCCCCGCCGCCGCCGCCCAAGCGCUCCAGCUCGGCCAUCUCCAGCUCCAGCAGCAACCUGACCGAGGUGCCCGCCGAGCCCAGCGGCGGCAGCGGCAGCGGUGGCAGCAGCGGCCCGCUCCUGGAGGUCAACUACCACCCGCAGCGGCGCGCUAGCGACCUGGGAGCCGUCGCCGUGGACACGGGCAGCGCCGGCAGCGUCCGGAGCAUCGCCGCCAUGCUGGAGAUGUCGUCCAUCGGCGGAGGAGGCAAGGGCCGGGCCAUGCAGAAAGCACCGCCACACUACCUGCAGGUGGGCAAGCAGCACGAUGCGAUUGGUCUGGACGGUGAGGUGGUGAACCGGCGCAGGACCAUCAGCGGACCGGUCACUGACCUGGUGGCAGCGGCCAGGGGCCAGCGGGAGGCCAGCCUGGCACUGGCACCGGGACCGGGACCCGUGGCAACGACCUCUGACCCCGCCAGACAAGGCCCCGAGGCCCAGCCGGGCUCCGGCGGCAGCUCCGCGGAGAACCUGCCCUUCGCCGAGGACGGCUCGCUGACCAUCAAGCAGCGUCCGAGGCAGGGGACAGGCGAGGGCGACGGCGAGGAGAUGCCCGACAGCGUCUACUCCCUGCCACCGGGGGAGCUGUCGCGCGUGGACGCCACCGCCACCCUCAAGAGGCGCGUGCGGAGCAAGCAGCAGCAGCAGCAGCAGCAGCAACACGCCAACGGCGCCAAGUUCCACCUGACCGAGUCCAACACGGUCAAGCGCCGGCCCAAGAGCAGGGACAAGGACGCCGAGGACAUGCAGAACGGGCAGAUGCCCAUGGUGUACCAGAACGGCACCGGCACCAUCAAACGGCGACCGCCGUCCGAGUCCGGUGAACCGCAACAGCAACAGCCGCAGCCAAGACCACUGGAGAGUUCCGACGGGACUCCCCCGAGGAGAGGCAGCGCUGACCUGGGUGGUCCGGGUGUCGAGACCCCACGCAAGGUCAAGCCUCCGGUGUCCCCCAAGCCAAUGCUCGCCCAGCAUAUGAAGAAGCAGGGGACCAUAGUGCCCGCCUCCAAGAAAGCCCCCUUCCCUGGACCUGGGGGACCGGCCAGUCCAGUCGAGGGAAAGAAAAUACCUCCUCCAGUUUCGCCCAAACCUGCCCCGCCGCCGACCGCCCCGAAGCCGAAGAAUGUCCUCCCGUCGAUGAACGCCGGCCCCGGCACUCCCCUGCCCUCUCCGGCCAAGCAGCCGGCGGUGGUGGCGUCGGCACCCAAGAUCUCGGCCACCGCUCCCACCCCGGUCCCUGCCCUCCCCGCGCCGACCCCCACCAAACCCUCCAGCCCCCCCGCCCAAAGCCCGCAGACGCCCCAGACGCCCCAGACGCCGCAGACCCCGCAGACGCCUCAGACGCCCCAGACCCCCCAGACGCCCGGCCCGUCGCCCAGCGCCCUGCCCACGCCUCCGCCCGUCAAGCCUCCGCGCUCCUCCAUCAGCGGAGUGUCCAUGGACGCGGCGACCGGCGGCGGCGGAGGAGGGCCCAACACGCCCGGGCCGGGGGCUACGGCGGCGAGCCCCGGAGCGGCGGGCAGUCCCGGGGCGCUGGGACCCGCGGUGGUGCCGGAGGCCGUGCACCAGAAGCUGGAGGAGACCAGCGCCUCUCUGGCCGCAGCGCUGCAGGCCGUGGAGGAGAAGAUCAAGGAGGACAAAGACUCGGUGGUGGAGCAGAAGAGCACAGGGAGCAUCCUGGACGACAUCGGCAGCAUGUUCGACGACCUGGCCGACCAGCUGGACGCCAUGCUGGAGUAGACAGAGCACAGACGGGCGUCGCCGCGGCAACACCUCAGGACCCCAGGAGGGCACAAGGGCACAACGACGACCAACCGACUCCUACGCCCCCCCAACCCCCUCU